GCCACGCCCUCCUAGGAGAGGAGAGUUUUCUAGGGAAUAAGAGGGGGAAAAAGCACACUUAAGAAGAAGUUCGGUGUGUUGAAAAGCCUUGGAUGUCACCUAGCCUGGGGAGGACAGGGGGUGCAGUGGAGUGGACAUCGUGCCGUGCCGUGCAUGCGCGGUGGCGUCGACACCGGACAGAAAGACUUUGGAUUCUCCGCGUGAACCUCUUUGGAUCUCCCCGGUGCUCAUUUCCGUAGCACUCAAAUUCAACAAAGGAACUUUUCUUUUCUUUUUUUGUUUUUUAAUCAAGUAUUUUUCCGAAGAAAGGAACGCAGUUCUCAGCCGGUGUGUUUCCAGGCACGCCAGGAUCCCGGAAGUUAGAACCCGCAGCGCAGGUUGCAUAGUUCGGCCAAAUGGGAAGCUGCGUUACUUCACCUUCAAAUGCUUUAAGUAGAAAGAAGUGAAAGAAAAGAUGAAGGGCGUGAAGACGAAGCUGUACGUGCUGAUGGAUGUGCUGUGUGUACUCGUUGCGGCGCUGCCCUUCAUCGUCCUGACCGUCGUCUUCAAGCCGUACCAGAGGGGGGUGUACUGCGACGACGAGAGCAUCAUGUACCCGCUCAAGCCGGACACCAUAAGCCACAGCAUGCUGGCCGCCGUCACCAUCUCCUGCACGGUGGUCAUUGUCUCUUCCGGAGAGGCUUACCUGGUGUACAGCAAGAGGAUUUACUCCAAUUCCGACUUCAACCAGUAUGUGGCGGCGCUCUACAAGGUCGUGGGCACCUUCCUGUUUGGAGCCGCCGUCAGCCAGUCGCUCACCGACCUCGCCAAGUUCACCAUCGGCCGCCCGAGGCCCAACUUCAUGGCGGUGUGCGCGCCCAAGGUGUGCAUGGGCUACAUGCGGCAAAUCAACUGCACGGGCGACCCGCUGGACGUGACGGAGUCGAGGUUGUCCUUCUACUCGGGCCACUCGUCCUUUGGCAUGUACUGCAUGCUCUUCCUGGCGCUCUACGUGCAGGCCCGGCUGGUGGCCAAGUGGGCUAGACUCCUCCGGCCCACCAUCCAGUUCUUCUUGGUGGCCUUCGCCGUGUACGUGGGCUACACGCGGGUCUCCGAUUACAAGCACCACUGGAGCGACGUGCUGGUGGGGCUGCUGCAGGGAGCGCUGGUCGCCGCGCUCAACGUGCGCUUCGUGUCUGACUUCUUUAAGAAGCGUUCGCCACGCCGCGGCAAGCCGGAGCACGCCCAAAGCGAGGAGCCCGAGAGGAAGCCCAGCCUUCAGUUUGUGGACUCGGAGCACGCCAACCAUUACAACUGUCACCCGGUGUGAUGAAGGCGUCCCUGCGCACCCCCAAACCUGUGUGAGACCCCCAGGCAGAGAGGCAGAGACAAACCCCGCCAUGUUGAAUGAAAGGCACGGAGUCUUUCGCUUGUCGCCUUGAGGCAACCACUGCCCCCCUCCCCCCUGCCCCCUCCAUCUGUCCCCAAGACCACUAGACUGAAUGAGGGGGCUGCUUGCACCUGGUGCCUCCUCUUUAGGGAGCGGAGCAAAAGAAGACGUCAUUGUUGAUGUUGAAGGCAACAAUGGAUAAGCUCAGCAGGCAUGAAGCUAUCAUCACCCUCACGCAGCACAUCCACACCAGCUAGCAUAGCGUCUUUACGCUCAGCCUCAGACACUUCAUUAGGUACACCUGACCUACGUAGAUCAUGACAUCCUGUCCAAACAAGAUGUAUGCUUUCAUGCUCCUUUUUUCACAAUAAUACUAUACAUGUAAUAUAAUAUAAUAUAAUAUAUCAUGUAUACAAUAUGAAAUACAUACAUUAUGUAAUACAUACAACAUGUAAUACAUACAACAUGUAAUACAUACAUUAUGUAAUACAUACAACAUGUAAUACAUACAAUAUGUAAUACAUACAACAUGUAAUACAUACAAUAUGUAAUACAUACAACAUGUAAUACAUACAACAUGUAACACAUACAACAUGUAACACAUACAACAUGUAAUACAUACAAUAUGUAAUACAUACAACAUGUAACACAUACAACAUGUAAUACAUACAACAUGUAAUACAUACAACAUGUAACACAUACAACAUGUAACACAUACAACAUGUAACACAUACAACAUGUAAUACAUACAACAUGUAAUACAUACAAUAUGUAAUACAUACAACAUGCCGGCCCUUUCUUCAUAUGAAGGACAUUUCAAAUACACAGUCGUUCCUCGUGGUUAAUUGGUUCCAGACCCGAGCGCAGGUAGGCUUCAUUCGUUUAUCAAUAAACAGAAUAUUUUCAUCGUUCGAGCGUAGACAACCUGUUUAUGACUUUCUAAAUACGCUUCUAUUACACACUACAGUAGGCAUAAUAAGAGAAAGACACAUAAAACCUCUUUACGACCUUCUAAAUGUGCUGUUUAUCUUGAUUAGAGCCCUCUAGACAUGAAGUAACACCCCUAUAGUCACCUUUACACUCCUAUUAUUCAUUGAACUAAAAAACAACUUGCGCUUAUCGUGUGCCAGACGGUCAUGGCAUGACGUAGCGAUGAUCUCCAGCAAAUGGCAUGCUGAUAUAACGGCACACAUUGAUUUACCGAGUCGAGGGAAAGUCUGGGAAAAGUCUGGAAUUUGGAAAUGUCCAAUCCACAGGACAGUCGUCCCCUCACCACUUCGCACUUCCAAUUUCACGGCGUCUCCCCAUCACGGCGUUUCAAAAUGUAUGAAUGAAUGAAUUAUGCUGUUUUGUGGUUGAAUGCGGCCUAUUCCCUGUUUUUUUUAAAUGCAUAUUUAAAGCAAUUUAUAUGUAAUUUGGGCCUAAAUGAAACAUUUGCAAGCAUAACGAUGGCUAAAUGGAGUAAAAUACAAAUAUAAGGCAUUGAACGAGAUUGUGGUGAUGUGUAGUAUUGUACACUGGUCACUAGGUGUCAGUAAUGCUACACUGAUGAUGUAAUACCCCCCACAGGAAGUAAAACGUGAACAAGAGUAAGGAACUCUCCCAAUGCUAACAUGGGUCCAUAUGAGUCCAUAUUAUGUCCACUAUAUUGGGUAACAGGACUGUAAAGGUGACUAUAGGGAUGUUAUGUCAUGUCUAGAGGGCUCUAAUCAUGUUAAAAAAAAAAAAAAAAAGGGUAUUUAGAAGGUUGUAAACUGGUUUUCUAUGUCUUAUUUUCUUUUAUUAUGUCCACUAUAUUGCAUAAUAGGAGUGUAAAGGUGGCUAUAGGGGUGCUAUUUCUUGUCUAGAGGGCUCUAAUGUUAAAAAGAAUAUUUAGAAGGUUGUAAACAGGUUUUCUAUGUCUUAUUUUCUCUUAUGAUGUCUACUAUAUUGGGUAAUAUUAGUGUCAAGGUGGCUAUAGGGGUGUUAUUUCAUGUCUAGAGGGCUCUAGUAAUGUUAAAAAGCGUAUUUAGAAGGUUGUAAACAGGUUUUCUAUGCUCUAGCUACCAAAAUAUUCCAUUCAUAAGUAAGGAAUCUUACUUGGCGUACUUAUUACGGUCGGGUCUGGAACCAGUGCAGCACCAUAAACGAGCGGCGAGGGUGUUGUGCGCCGCCCUUAAGGUCUGCUUCACUUGGUCAACUGUGCUCAAGUGUGAUCAGGAAAAGUGCACAGGUGCCUAACCAGGAAGUGUGAUGGGUUUUCUAUGUCUAUGGCGGCAGCAAUACAGGAAGUUUAGCCCGGCCCUUGCCGGCCCGCAUUUUAAAGCGCAUGCAGAGCUAGAUAAAGCUGCCGGAGGCUGACCCACUCAUCAUACUCCGAAAGCAGCUACAGCCAUCCUUGCUCUAUUGAGUACUGCUUCUUCCAGCAAGGUGGAUUACUGCAUGUACUGCAUGUACUGCAUACCACUACUACCACAGCAGUUGGAAGACAUGUGGAACGUUGCCUUUUUCUAUAAAUCGAAGAGAAUGAAACACAUUUUUAUUUUAAAACAAAACAAGAAACAGUUUUAUUUAUUCUAAAUCAGGCGUGCACGAUGAUUAGGGCCCAAUGUGAGGGGAGCUAUGACGUCGUACUGAUAAAUGGCUCCGAUGGCCAAUGAUUUAAAAAAAAACGCUCCAAUGAGGCCAGCAAAUGGUGAGCAAAUCAAGCGCUCCUUUGUUCUCUUGCUUGUGAUGUCGUAAAAGUGCAAAAGGUUUGCCAGAGAUAGGCCUGUCACCAUUGAUCCAGCGAUUUAAAAAAAAAAAAAAAAAAAAAAAAAAAAAGGCGAUCGUUUUUGCCGGCCUCGAUAAAUUGACGUGCGUGCAUUGGUGUUUGUAUUCCUCGUCUCUCUCUACAACGGAGCCAACCCUCCUGUCGUCCCCUCCCCUUAGCAGCAGGUUAGCUUCGUGGGCCAGCGUACGCUAACAUGAAUGACGGCACAAAAGGGGAAUGCCACAGCCCCGAAGUGGGAGUAUUUCGGUUGAAAACCGAACUUCUGUGUCAUGCUAAUGCGACUCACAAAGGUAAACUACAAUUGAGCACAGUGUAGUGCAGGGGUCACCAACGUGAUGCCCGCGGGCACCAGGUAGCCCCCCACGACCACAUGAGGCGCCCGCAAGCCUGCUUUUCAUUCAGGUUUUCAGUUAAUAAUGUGAGAACACUAGAAAGAAAAGUAUUGUGGAACAUAAAAUGUGAGUUGUGGAUACCAGCAUUUUGUGAAUGUUCUGGUAAAACAAGCAUAUUUGAUCUGUUUGGGUUGAAAUAAGCUAUGAAAAUCAUUUCUACAAAAAUUAGUAGCUCGUGGCCAUUUUCAUUUUCUAAAAGUAGCUCUCACAAGGAAAAACGUUGGUGACCCCUGCUCUAGUGGUUCAAAUGUGAAUGACACCUCUCAUGACAGCAAAAAAAUUGGUUUAAAAAAAACGUUGUCGAUGAUGUCGAUUAUCGUCGAUCAUGUGUAGCAAACUAUCCUCAUUAGUUCCAGUCCUUCUUACCUCCAGGUGUGCACAAACUACACUUACAUCUGCGUUUCCUAAAAGUGGAUCGUUAUCGGUGCCAUAUCGGUCUUGAGAAGCAGGAAGACAUCGGUAUCGGUUUGAAAAAAAGACCCCAGAUAUGUUGCAUCUCUAAUAUCAAUGAAUGAUUUUUAUGAAUGACUUUCUUUUUGUUGUGCAAUCAGCCUGCUUGCCACUUUGAGACACUCCGUCUGAGAAUACUGCCAAGGAUGCGUGUGCGCUUUAUCUCUUCUUUUACGUCCUUCCUUUUCUCCUUAGAGAAUAUUUUUGUGGGUUUUUUUCUGGCACGUGCGCGUGAAGACGUCACGUUCGCCGUCGAAUGACGACGGAAGAGCUUCCGUGCUCAUCUGUGCUCUUAAACCCGCGGAGACAUUGCCACGUGUUCCCGGUGCGCCACCGCAUCAGCGGAAGGAUAGGACGACGGGUCCAACCCUGACCAGAGCUGCUGUGCUUUUGACCUUGGACAAGGACAAGGCCGAGGGGACAAACGGUUUCCUCACUCGUGUGAAAACGGCCGCUUGGGACGAGGCGAGCGCUCCGUUCUCACCUCCCAGCUCGUCACGCCGUACGUCCAUCUAGCACCUUCUAUUAACCGUUUAUUGUGUCACCUUGGAAGGUUCGUCUUCUUUGCUUUUAGACUAGAAGGUUUUUAUGGAAUAAAUAUGACAUCUGCAUUCACUUGUGCUGUGUUGUCUUCGUGCGUCUACACGACAUCGUCCCUCAUCGCAUCGCACGGCAAGUACAAGUCCAAGUAUUAUAACAAAAAAAAGAGAAUAAAGUUUAGUUCAUUUAUGAAUAGCUCACCUUCCCAAAACUGUACUGUACAUGUCAAGAAAAAUGUUUUCUUUUUCCAAGAUUGACAAAUUUGGAAUUAAACUUGGAAAAACUAGGGGGAAAAAAAUCAUAAUUAAAAAAGGAUUUUAUUAUGGAAUUCCUGUAAUUUUUCAAGAAAAAAAUUUUGACUCAUUUUGCAAGAAAUAAUUAUAAAAUUAAAAUAGUAAAAGAAAUACUUUAAUGAAAAUAAAGUUGCAAUUUUACAAAAAAAAAUGCAUCAUAGAAGAAUUUAUGGCAAUAAAUCUGAUAGUAUAUUAUAUUAUUUGGGAAUUUUCAAGAAAAAAGAGAAAUAAAUUACAAUAUUAAAAGGUUAAAAAAAGUACUUUCAUGAAAUUACAUUGCAAUUUUACACAAAAAGUUGCAUCGUACAAGAAUUGAUGGCAAUAUGUCUGACGACACAAGAAAAUUGUUGACAUAUUGCACGAAAAAAUAUGUAUGAUGGAAAAAAAGGAGCGUUAAAGUUGCAGUUUUACAACUUUGGGGGGAAAAAAAGUUGUAAAUUAUGAAAACGUGAUCAUUUUUCACGACAUUCUGACCCCAGAUCACCUUCCCUAUGCUGCACAUGCCAGGAAAACUGUUUAAAUUUGUAAUAAAUCUUGAAAAACUAGAAAGUCAUAAUGGUUCCCCCCAAAAACGUCUUUUAUUAGGCAAUUCCACAUUAAGUCGCAAUUUUACCAAAAAAAAAGGUUCCAUUGUACAAGAAUUUAAUUUAAAGUUGGACAUUCUAACCAGCUCACCAUCCUAUGCUGUACAACAUUUCAUUUUUCCAAGAUGAAAUUUGAAACUAAACUUGAAAAACUAGAGAAAAAAAAAUCUGCAACCAAAAAAAAAUGUUAUUAGGCAAUUUGUAAAAUUUUUCAAGAAAAAAAGUUGGACAACUUUUGCAAGAAAUAAAUUAUAAUAUUGAAAGAGUAAAAAAAAAGUACAAUUAAGUCGCAAUUUUACAUGAAAAAAGUUGCAUCGUACAAGAAUUGAUGGCAAUAAACCUGCGAUUAAACAAGAAAAAAGUUAUAAACAAAUUAUAGCAAUAAAAGAGUACAAAAAAAGUAUUUGUAUGAAAAUGAAGUUGCAAAUAAAAAAACCUAAAACCUUACAUCGUACAAAAAGCAAGAAAUAAAUUCUAAUGUCCAAAUUGUAAAAAAACCUGUUAGGUUCCUGUAGUUAUCCCAUAGCCUGCGCAGUGUGAUGUAAGCAAAGAGUAAUGGGAGUUUAAAAGUGACGAUUGGGGUGUUUCAUGUCUGCAGGGCUCUAAUAAUGUUUAAAAAUGCAUUGAGAAGGUCGAAAGAGGAUUUCUAUGCCUCAUAUGUUUUAUUUUCUCUUAUGUCUACUACUUGUAUAUUGGGUAAUAGGAGUGUAAAGGUGACUAUAGGGGUGUUAUUUCAUGUCUAGAGGGCUCUAAUCAUGUUAAAAAGUGUAUUUAGAAGGUGGUAAACAGGUUUUCUAUGUCUUAUUUUUCUCUUAUUAUGUCUACUAUAUUGGGUAAUAGGAGUGUAAAGGUGACUAUGGAGGGUUAUUUUAUGUCUAGAGGGCUCUAAUGUUAAAAAGCAUAUUUAGAAGGUGGUAAACAGGUUUUCUAUGUCUUAUUUUCUCUUAUUAUGUCUACUAUAUUGGGUAAUCGGAGUGUAAAGGUGACUAUAGGGGUGUUAUUUCAUGUCUGCGGGGCUCUAAUAAUUUUAACACCCAUAUUUAGAAAGUCAUAAAGAGGUUUUCUAUGCUCUAACUAUGAAAACAUUCUGUUUAUUUUAUAGCAUUUGUGAGCUGAGGGGGCUUUUCUGCAUUUCUUUCCAGCAAGGAGAGCCGUUGUCACCUCCGCCAUCGCGAGCUCUGCCAGGGAUUUCUAUAUUUCUAUAUUUAGUGUACACACGCACCUCUUUCCACCGUCGCGUCUUUAUAGAGUGAUGGUGAAAGUGGGGCUGGGGGGCACGUCUCACGUGGAAUAGGAGAGGUCAACAAAGCUUGGCUGUGUUGCUGGUGCGCCUGGGAGACGGCCCAAGGUUCUGCUUCUGCUUCUAGCGAUGCCAUUCCACAGCGUGUGUGUCCGCAUCCCCGCUAGCACUCAACCGUGCUCUGAUCACGUCCAUCCCUGCUUGCCACGUGCAGCCGUGCCAUCGUAUACUUCUUCUGGACUCUUCCCUGGAGAGCCAAAGUGAAAAGGAAAGGAGGAUGAGUCACGUCCUCCGCCCUGAGCAGACGUCAUGGAUGCCAACAAGUGGGCGUGGCUCCUGGUCAGCCAACAGCAGCUUCCCACAGGUCACAUGUUGAAAGCAUCCAUCCUGUCUUCAAAGUCUCCACAGAGCCUGAAUGAGCGCACGCUUCUAUUCUUGCACGGUCACAUUCCUGUUUCUAUCAACACUCGCUAAUGGACAGGCGGGGGCGGGCAGGACAACUCUAGCACUCUAGCAUGUACGCUUGUGGGCUACUUGCACUUUGUCACCGUCUCUCCAAAGGAUAAAACAAAAAGCAAGCGAGUGAGACCUCUUUAUGUGGCCCUCACAUGUGGGGGCAUCUUUACAGUCCUCAGGACAAAAACCUAGUCCACUUGGACCACAAAACUUCACUCACACCUUUAACGUUUACCUUUAACGUUUAACUCCCAUCUUUGAUGUUUACCUUUAACGUUUAACUCCCAUCUUUAACCUUUAACUAACUUAACUCUUACCAUUAAUGUUUAUCACCCAUCUUUAAUGUUUACCUUUAACGUUUAACUCCUAUCUUUAACCUUUAACUAACUUAACUCUUACCAUUAAUGUUUAUCACCCAUCUUUAAUGUUUACCUUUAACGUUUAACUCCUAUCUUUAACCUUUAACUAACUUACCUCUUACCAUUAAUGUUUAUCACCCAUCUUUAACGUUUACCUUUAACGUUCACCGCCCAUCUUUAAUGUUUAACUCCCAUCUUUGAUGUUUACCUUUAACGUUUAACUCCCCCGGUGAGUCGUCAGGGAGAAGUGAGAGGCGUCAUGAGGGUGUGCAGAUGUGCAAGUGGAGUAAACAUUGUCUCAACAGCUGUUUUCUCAGUGAAGAACGCUCACAUCCUCAUGUCUUCAUGACGUUAGCUGCUAUUUCAACUAAGAAGUGCUGAUGUUACGUGAACGUGAACAUGUUGAUGUUCCACUAAACUCCCCGUAGAUUACAAUAACUACAAUGAUCAACAUCAACAUGUUAUUGUGAUUGAAAAAGAACAACUUUUGAUUUACUUCAUGUUUGUAUUUUGAUCACUGAUGUAACUUGUUUUUUUUUACAUGUAGAUGUUCAAAAUAAUGUAAAACAAAAUUAAGUAAUAAAAUAAAUACAAUGAAAUAACGUAAUACAUCAUGUUUAAAAAUUAUAUAAUAAUAAUAAUAAAUGUGAAAAAAUCCGUUUUUAAUUUUUUUGGCUUAUUUCUAUGUAUUUGUUAAUAAAUAUCUGUAGUAUUAUUUAUACAUGGUAUAUUAUUUAUAUUAUAAAGCAAAUCUGUAAAAACCGUCAUCUAAAGACUAUUUUUAAAUGUCUUUCAUUGUAUACCUUUUUGAGAUCGUUUUAUUUCUGUUUUUAUUUUUAUGUCAACUGAUUAACGGUACUGAUUAACUGUACUGUAUUUGUUUACAUUUGCAGAUUCGAAAUAAAUAAUUAAGGUAAUAUGCAUCUCUAAAUGAUAAAUAUGUAUUUUCGUUCAUAUAAUGCUGUUUAUGGCAUUUUGAGACUUAUGUAUGUACUUGUAUGUAUUGAAUAAGACAUGUUUUUUGUGUUAUUCAUACACGAUCUGUUAUUUAUAUAUGAUGUUUAGAAAUUACACAAGAUAAUACAAGUUCAUAUCAUAUUUAUUGCUCAAUCAAUAAUCAGAUGGAUGAAUUAUGUACCAGCCGAAGUUAGAAACUCGUCCACGGUGUAAGAGCAGUAAAUAACGCAGGUCACAUGACCAGGUCCUACUCCUGUGCUGAGCAAGUGAAAAAACACGUGACUUAUAAUAGUUAUGUGUAAAUGUGUUUGCAUUCAUGCUGCUCCCCACCAUAAAACCUCCUAUUAAAAUUGUCCACUGAAGGUGAAAGCCAAGAUUUCAUUCGGUUUUAUUGCCAUAAUUGCUGAGUUAUUUCAGUCAACCUGGCCCUGAAGUCUUCAUAAAGAGGGGAAAAAAAGCAUGUGGCUAACAUUCACAUGGACCAUAGCAGCACACAAACAUGCACGUUCAAUCAUGAAUGUGCUCCUUAUUUACAAGACUCACGUCUCACACUGAGAAACAACAUUUUUUAAAUCACCUACAUACCAUGCAGUAUUUUGGCGACGCCGUGUGGUGCUCGUCUGUAACUGCAGUCUCUUACUGGAAAAUGGCGUCCCCCACACGAGUUUGUUCAGGUCGUCAAACUUGGACGAAAUUUCUCGUUUGUUGAGCAUAUUGUUACGGUGCCCCUGAGGGGCCAUGGAGGGAAAAAAAUGAUUAGUUAAAAAAAAAGACAAAUUACUGCCAAUUGUUUACAUUUAGAGCAUUGUACAUCCGUGUUCAGAGCGGGUGUGUGCAGUCAAACUUCAAAUUAAGAGCAGCUCAUUGGUUUGAUUUUCUUAUACGACUCUUUACUUAUAGGACAAGCAGUGCACACAAGUGAAAGAAUGCCAUGUAUGGCUAAUCAAUGUAUGUUUACGUUCCAGUGCCAGUACUCAAGUAGAUGUUUCCAGCAACGCAAGCUAGGACCGGAUGUUAGCAUUUUAUUUUCAAAAGAAGACCCAAAU